CAUAUGAAAUAAGCUGCAGAACAAGAAGACUGAAGAGCACAAUAAGUAUUUCUGAAAGGAAACAUGGCUUUUUAUGUAAUCCUAAUCCUUUCUGCUUUUGCUGGCAGUGUAAUUACAUCUGGAAUCUAUGGUGAUAUUGGUAACAUUCACACAAAUGGUGCCUCAUGUAGAACAGCCAGACAAGACCGGUUGCCGAACUGUGGUGUACAGGCUUCAUUCAAACUGGCAGAACAUGAUCUAGCCAGAGUUAAUAAAUACAAGAAUAUGAUACAGUCAGCAGCUAGAAACAAACAGGUAGAUCCUGCUGUCCUAGCCGGAAUCAUAUCCCGUGAAACACGUGGAGGGAAUGUUCUGCACAAUGGUUGGGGAGACCAUAACAAUGGAUUUGGCCUAAUGCAGGUUGAUAAAAGAUACCACACACUUCAAGGAGCCUGGAACAGUGAAACCCAUCUUUUGCAGGGAGCAGAUAUUCUAAUUUCAAUGAUAAAUGGUAUAAAGAGAAAGUUUCCCAGUGCAUCAAAAGAAAAAGUCCUUUUGGGGGGUAUUGCUGCUUAUAACUGUGGAGUAUCAGGUGUGACCAGUUUGGAGAACGUUGAUAGGAAAACAACCGGAGUAGACUAUGGGAAUGAUGUUGUUGCACGUGCACAGUACUUCAGGAAUCAUGGAUAUAAUUAAAUGCAACCUUUAUGAUUAUGGCCCAUCUUGUGAUUGGUGAAUUCUCAUUCUUCUUUAAUCAUUAGAAGUAGUGCUACUGACUGUGCAGUGUGCCAUGCAGGAUAAAGGAUCUACUGUUGUCCUAAAGGCCCAUUAGUAAAGUCCAAAGGAAAUAUAGCAGCUAUGAAUGCAGACAUUUUGGAAAUAAAAUAAUCAUCAUUGUGGGGCAGAUUUAUUAAGCCUGGUAAAGUGAUAAAGUGGAAGGUGAUAACGCACUAGCCAGUCAGCUCCUAACUGCCAUUUUUCAAACCCAACCUGUAACGUAGAAAGUCAGGAGCUGAUUGGCUGGUGCGUUAUCACCUUCUACUUUAUCACUUCACCAGGCUUAAUAAAUCUGUCCCUGUAUCCCAAAAGAUCCUUAAAUACUUAUUUUCACCAAUGUGUGUAAAAACAAGGUCCACUUAUUAGUGACCAAUAUUUAACUCCAUCUUAACCGUAUAUACGUGACAUCAUUACAUACAUUUACAUAUAUCAGACUUUUGGGAUAUGUACUAAGCCUUGAAGAGUGAUGAAGUGGAGAGAGAUCAAUUACCAACCAAUCAGCUCUUAACUACCAUGUUACAGGCUGUGUUUCAAAAAAUGACAGCUUGGAGCUGAUUGGUUGGUAGUUUAUCUCUCCCCACUUUAUCAAUCUCCAAGGCUUAGUACAUCUCCCCAUAUUUGGUGCCCUUAUGCUCCUAAUAAUGUUUUUCCACACUUGAAAUAAACAUUGUGUCAAACUUGGAACUGACGUUAUUAUUGAAACAAAAUGAUAAAAGGAAUAAAAUAUUUUUAUCAACCUCAAGAAAGGUUAUCAAUAAAUUAGCAUUAAUGGCCAAAACAAAUCAAGUUCUAAAUGUUUAUGUGUUUCCGUGGACUGUUAAUGAAAAGCAACUGUACAUCUAACUUUGCAUUUCAGUAGGAGCUGUAACCACAUGUAUCUGAAACGUAUUUUUCUUUUCUUGCUGUAUAAUUUUUGAUAGAAUGUUGAUUCUAAAUAAGUACAAUAAUAAUAAAAAUUAUAUCAAUCUGUGCAA